UAUCACAGGGAUAUGCCUCCCCCUGGCGGGUUCGAGCCAGUCAAGUACAAGCGCAACCUUCCGAUCCGGGGCCCGGGCGCCAUGGCCAUCCUCGGCGGUGUGACGGCGGUGUGUGCAUACGGUUUCUAUCGGGUUGGAAAGGGGAACCUUGAGCAGAGAGAGCUCCAUAGGGAGAAGAUCUGGUCACGGAUUCAUUUGGUGCCCCUUCUCAUGGCUGAGGGUGACCGUGACACGUACCGCCGGCAGCAAGCUGCGCUUGAGCGGGAGAGGAUGAUCAUGAAGGACGUGCCAGGCUGGGAG